AUAACAACCAACAGUCCGCCAUUUUUCAUUAUCGCAGCGAGCAGCAGCAACCUCUCCGCACGGCAGCCGCGGAGACUCGACAGUUUCAGCUUUUAGAGCGCGUCGGUUUAGCCGUUCUGCGGGGCUUCCUUCUCAAAUUUCUCCGGGACAGGAACCUGGCGGCAGUUUGGAGUGCGAUUGAACGUUUGCGGGCUAAUCAAAGGAAGCUGUGAGAUAGUUUGGCUUGUGUGUGAGGAGCAGCAGAGUCGCCGGGAGUUGGCGGAACAGAAUUCGACGGAGUCGCCGAAAGAAGAAGAAGGGCUAGCACCGACUACGACGAAGAAGUCGUACGGUGAUAACGCAACGCUAGUGGCACACAAGUUUUGGCGUUUUUUUGCCACUCGGGAAGGUUGAGUUUGGAAGCUUGUCGGAAUGACGGACAGCAAAGGAUACGCGAUCAAUGAUCUGGUUUGGGCCAAGAUGAAGGGCUUCUCGCCCUGGCCGGGCCGUAUUUCGCAGCCCCCGCCAGAGCUGCGCCGCAUCGCCGUCAAAAAGAACAUCCCGGUGCGGUGUAUCUUCUUCUUUGGCUCCAACAACUACGCCUGGAUCGAGGAAACCCAGAUCAAACCGUACCACGAGUUCAAGGAGAAGCUGCUGUCGUCGUGCAAGUCGGCCGGCUUCAAGGAGGCCGUCCAGCAGAUCGAGGACUUUAUCGCGAACCCGGAGAACUUUGGCCAUCUGUUCACGGGCGAGGUGGACAACCGUCCCGAUCCGGACGUGGAGUUCAACAAACUGCGCGAGGCGGAGAACGACAAGAGCGAGGACGGCAAGGAGGAGCCGGAGAGCGUGAACAACACGACGACGCCGGGAGCGCUGGAAACGGCCGAGACGACGACGACGACGCCCAGCACGGCGACCAAAAAGUCCGCCGCCAAGAAGAAAGUACGUGCCUCACUGCCCAUCAAGUUGAACCCGGAUAAGGUCGCUUCAACGCCCAAGGCCCGCGCCAUCGGUAACAAAGCCAAGGCCGCGAUAGCCACCAUCGAGGACAUUGCGAGCACGCCAUCGCCGAAGCGCAAGCGAAAACUGAACGAUUCCGGGGACGUGUCGACGCUGGAUCUGGACACCUUCUCGCCGGUGCGUCGCAACGUGCCCGUGUCACAUCUGCUGAACCGUCCCGUAACGGUGGCGCGUCCGGCCACGCCCGAAAUCGACAUGUCGAGCGUGUCGAACGCGCUGCAGUCGCGCAACAUCCAGGCCUCGAAUCUGAAGUUUGGCUUCCUCGGGCUCGGCAUCAUGGGCUGCGGCAUCGUCAAGAACCUGCUCAACUCGGGCCACUCGGUUGUGGUGUGGAACCGCACCGCCACCAAGUGCCGCAAGUUCCAGGAGGCGGGCGCCGAGGUCGCCGACACGCCGUCCGACGUGAUCGAGAUGACGGACGUGACGUUCUCGUGCGUGUCGGACCCGCAGGUCGCGAAGGAUCUGGUGUUCGGCAACUGUGGCGUCAUGUCCGCUAACCUCGUCGGCAAGGGCUACGUCGAGAUGACCGGAGUCGACCCGGAAACGUCGCAGGACAUCGCCGAGCAGAUCAUCUCCAAAGGUGGCCGGUACCUGGAAGCACAAAUCCAAGGCUCGAAGAACCAGGCCGAGGAGGGCACGCUGAUCAUCCUGGCCGCCGGCGAGCGGUUGCUGUUCGAGGAGUGCCAGACCUGCUUCGAAGCCAUCUCGCGCAACUCGUUCUACCUCGGCGACGUGGGCAACGCGACCAAGAUGAACCUGGUGCUGCAGAUGAUCCACGGCGUGACGCUGGCCGGCAUCGCGGAGGGACUGGCGUUGGCUGACCGGGCAGGACUCCAGCAAAAGGACGUACUAGAAGUGCUCGAGCUGACCAACAUGUCCUCGGAGAUGCUGCUGCAGAAGGGAAAUGCAAUCAUCAAGGGCGAGUUCCCCACCCACCAGCCGCUGAAGCACAUGCAAAAGGACCUCAAGCUGGCCCUGGGGAUGGCGGACGGGCUCGAACAGUCCCUGCCCAUCACGGCCGCCUCCAACGAGGUGUACAAGCACGCGAAACGUCUCGGGUACGGGUCGCACGACGCGAGUGCGGUGUACGUGCGGGCAAGGUUUUAACGGCGCGCCGUUCCCGAGGAGGACGACGACGGAGUAUUGGGCGAGACGCCGGCGAGGUGGUGUUGAGGGCGGUUUGGAGAAGGAUUUACUUUUAGUAGCUAUAUUUUUUUUAUUGUUUAUCCCCGAGUAGUAGCGAAUGCGCGCGAGACAGAGAGAAACGUGUGUGUGUGUGUGUGAGAGAGAGAGAGCGCGAGAUAGAGGAAGGUAUUUUACCGAUUUGACACACCAAAACACACAGGAAUCGACGACCGGAACCGGAAUCCCGCACACACAUCUCACUUUACACUUAGGUAUUCCCCCUCCUCCAUCCCCAAAAAAAGAAAGCCCACAUUUCGCGCGCUUAAAUUUACAAAAGUCCCCCUCUUUUCAACACACAUGAAGAAAAAAAACACACACAUUUCAAACGCUAGGAAUGCACAGAGUCUAGUUUUAGUAGUUCUUUGAGCGACACCGCUUACGUUCAGGCAUGAGAGAGAGCGAAUAAGUAAAAGGAAGCUAAAUUGCCUGUUGUUCAGCAAGAAGAGUAAGAAAAGAAACGCAAGCAAUCGCGUUGCCUAUAUUAUAUUUUUACUUGAUAUAAGUUUUAUUAAAUGGAAAACUCACACUGAAAAACAAAACUACAGUAGAAACAUUUGCUCUUGUGCUCUCCCCCCGUUGAUUUUCGAGACUUUCCCCGAUGGUUCUGAAAGACCAAUGUUAAUUGCACAUUUGCGGCUAGUUUUAGUGAUUAAAGUUUAAAGAUUAGGCGAAGAAGAAGAAAAAACCCAUUCAAACGUUCUGCACUGGACCAAAUCAAAGCAAAAUCCAAGCAAAAAAAAUAAACACUAAAACCGGAGGAGCAUGUCGAAACAGAGUGGGUUAGAGAGUGAGGAAGGAAACAGGAGCACGCUCUGUGUAUAAAAACGUAUAUUUUUUUCUCUCCUUUAGUUUACUAUUAUCGAAAACAAAGCAAAACACAAAAAAUCUACAACAAACAUUGUACUGCAUAAUGGAUUUCUAUUUUUCGUGAAAACAGUGACCGUAAUAAAGAAAAACGUGUUUAAAGUAAGUUCAAAA